CAUCUCCGCCUUUUCGUGUAGCUUCCUGUGAAUUUUGCUCUGGUCUCUGUCAUGCAUUCCUUCCUGUGACACUGACAGGAACUCCAGCUAUUUUGUAACAUUGUUCUUAUCUGGCUUGGAGGGAGGGAACAAGGAGCCCACUCCUACAUACAACAGCUGUUUUCAACCAGAGAUACUGUAACAUUCUCAAGGUCAAUCAGACAUGCCUCGCAUUGAGAAUGACAUUAAACUCGACUUCAAGGAUGUGCUGCUCCGUCCCAAACGCAGCACGCUCAAGUCUCGUAGCGAGGUGGACCUGAUGCGCUGCUUUACUUUCAGAAACUCGAAAGGCAAUUACAGAGGUAUCCCUAUCAUUGCUGCUAACAUGGACAUGGUUGGAACCUUUGAGAUGGCAGUUGCGCUGCAUCAGUUUUCAGUAUUUACUGCCGUACACAAGCAUUACUCUGUAGAUGACUGGAAAGAGUUUGCAGUAAAGCACCCUGAAUGCCUCCAGAGCAUGGCCGUCAGCACUGGAACGAGCGACGGUGAUUUUGAGAAGCUGAAUGCCAUUUUGACUGCCAUUCCUCAGAUACAGUACAUCUGUGUUGAUGUAGCAAAUGGUUACUCAGAACACUUUGUGCAUUUUGUCAAGGAUGUGAGGCAGAAGUUUCUCUCCCACACCAUCAUGGCUGGUAAUGUUGUCACUGGAGAGAUGGUGGAGGAGCUCAUCCUUGCUGGUGCGGAUAUCAUCAAAGUAGGCAUCGGUCCAGGCUCAGUGUGUACGACCCGUAAGAAGACCGGUGUGGGUUACCCUCAGCUGAGUGCUGUUAUCGAGUGUGCUGAUGCUGCACAUGGUCUGGGUGGACACAUUAUCUCUGAUGGAGGAUGUACCUGUCCUGGUGAUGUUUCUAAAGCUUUUGGUGCGGGGGCGGACUUUGUGAUGCUGGGCGGGAUGUUGGCAGGUCACUCAGAGAGUGGAGGCGAGACUAUUGAAAAAAACGGCAAAAAGUACAAACUGUUCUAUGGCAUGAGCUCUGAUACUGCCAUGAAGAAACAUGCAGGGGGUGUGGCAGAGUACAGGGCAUCAGAGGGUAAGACAGUGGAAGUGCCCUAUAAAGGGCCGGUGGAGUUCACCAUGAAGGAUGUGCUGGGUGGAGUUCGCUCCACAUGCACCUACGUAGGAGCUGCUAAGCUGAAAGAGCUGAGUCGCCGUACCACCUUUAUCAGAGUGACUCAGCAGCUCAACACUGUAUUUGGGAAUGAUGCCUGAGCUUGCGCUACUGCUCAUGAGUGGCAGAGUUCGCUGAGGUGUUCAUGUAAAGAGGGGAACAUUGCCAAAUUCAUGCAAUGGUUUAUAUGCCAUGCAUCUGUAGUAAAGACCACAUGUUAAUGCAACACACACACACACACACACCAGCACAUAGAUAAACCUCACAAGUGUUCUCACAACACUGUUACACUUAGCACGACUGAAAAUUACUGACUGUACGCUUUGUCUGUCCAUAAACAUUUUAUGGGAGUUUUUUAGAAUGUCAUUUUAUGUUGUUUUAUUGAUUCUACUAAAAAUGUUCAAAACAUAAUGAAAAGUAUGCUUGCUCUAUUCUCUUAUUUUCUCUUUUACUUUCUUUUUCUUUUUUGUUUUAAUUAUUAGAAUUGAUUUUUAUGCCCCAGCCAUCACUGCCCUCAAUUUAUCGACACUGUGUAUUUGUCACUGUAACAUCUGCCAAAAACUAUUAACGAGCCUUAAAUUUUUAAUUGAUCUAAUCAGCACUUUUUGUUAGUUGUCAUUUACUGUUCUGUAGUUUAUUUAUGGCUCACAUUCCUGUUGGUAUUGUUGGACCAAACUUUUAAAAGCACGUUUUUGCUAUUUCACAUUGUUCUCCAUUCAGUAGGUCUGACGUCAUGUGUGCACUGAUGAAUAAAAGACGACUACUUCUGGUA